GGAAGUCUUAUUCCUGGAUUUGCCUGGUUCAUUGACACCUGAGGCAGUGACCAAACCAUGGACGAAUAUCAAACAGAAGAGGAGACUGCGUUCGUCGUUGAAGAAGUGAGCAGAGUAAUUAAAGAGUCUGUAGAAGCAGCCAUUGGAGGAAAUGCCUACCAGCACAGCAGAGUGAACCAGUGGAGCACCAGUGUAGUGGAGCAGUGUCUCAGUCAACUAAGCAAGCUGGGAAAGCCUUUCAAAUAUAUUGUAACCUGUAUCAUCAUGCAGAAAAACGGAGCAGGCCUGCAGACAGCCAGCUCCUGCUUCUGGGACAACUCUACUGAUGGGAGCUGUGCAGUGAGAUGGGAGAACAAGUCCAUGUACUGUAUUGUCAGUGUUUUUGGGCUGGCCAUCUGAAUUUACUACAAUAUACCCUUAAGUGUUCAAAGAGUGUAGGAUUUUGUGUAUUUUUGAGAACCUGCGUGUUAUGUUUGGCCUUGUUGGUUACAAUUGAAUAAACUUAUGUUUUUAUGUUAAAUGCAAUUGAUUAAAACCAUACUAUGCUGUAUAUACU